AUGUCGACGAUCACUCAAGGUCCUGAGACCGUGAACUUCGCCGCGCAAUAUAUCGCCAUCAGUGAAGGCUCAGAAGGUUACGAUGUUACCGUCACUAAAAUGUGGGACUGCUCUUUCAAGUCCUGGACCGAAUCUGUCAGCUGCACCAUGAGCGCUAGCAUGGGUGGAACCGUAAGAGGAGGUACUACCGCCUCUUCGUCCUCUUCCACCGCGGCUUCUUCGGUGGCACUAAGCAGCUACUAUAGGCUGGACGUCAUUGGAGGAGUGGACUCGCUCACGGCCCCUGAGGCAACCCAAACACCCGGUGCGGCGGCUGCUGGUCCUGCAGGUGCAUUGGUCACGGCUGUUCCUAUGGUUGCUGCCGUAAUCGCAGCUUUGCUCUGA